AUGUCACUUUUGUUUGAGAGAUUAUUGUGGCUUGUACUUUUGAUCGCGUCCAUUUAUUUUUGCAUAAUAUCCUGCAUAUCCUCCGUGCAACGCUUUCACACAAAAAGUACGCAUAUCGGUCUGGAGCGGAACUCGUAUUAUUGGAAUACCUCACUGCCGAGCAUAACAAUAUGUCCCAUGCAGCGCUUAAAUGAUACCCUCUUCGACAACUAUUGUCGGGUAAAUAAGCUGAGAGGACGUGAGAAGACGGAGUUUUGGGAUUUUCUAGAAAAUUUAGCCAACGCGACGUACAUCAACUUUCAGAAUAUACCAGAAUAUGAUAGUAUUGAUGGUACACUAGAUUCGCUGGGCAUUCGACCCAAACACUAUAUGGAAUUGAUUUACAAUCUCACAUUUGAUGGCACUUACGAGCCAAUCGAGAAGAUCCGUAUUCGCUGCCUUGAUGGCCAGGCACACGUGAGGGUCAGGCAGAUCCUCACUGAGUUCGGGCUGUGCUACUUGUGCAACUCUUAUCUGGGCGAGGAGUACACCUCACGGUUUCUAAUCUUCGGCGAGUUUCCGGAAUUUAAUAAAUAUCUGAACUUGCAGCCAUAUGUUGAUGUUAAGCAGGCAAGCUUCUUUGACGAUAUGGGAUAUACGAUGUUUGGCUUCGACUUUGAGGCUUUAGAUAGCUAUAUACACUCUGCCUUUGAAGUUAUGAAGGUGGAUAAUAAUUUUGGCUACACACAUUACGGAGCUAUCUAUGAACCGGAAGUCGAGGAAAUAGUUGCCGAAUCAGACUUUGGGACUGAAACGUCUAUAAGCCAAAGGAAAUGCCGUUUCUAUCAUGAAUCAAAUCUAACGCAUUAUCCAUUUUAUACCAAAAAUAUUUGUCAGCAAGAGUGCCGCAUCAACUUGGCCUAUAAAAUAUGUAAAUGUAUUCCCCACUUUUACCCUAAUCGAAUUGCAAAUCCGAAGCCUGUAUGCACUUACAAAACUUUGAAGACCUGCUUUCCCAGGCAUGCCGAUUAUUUUCUUAAAUUUUACAAGAAGGACGAUAAUCUUGCGGAACCAGCAGAAUGUUAUUGUGAACAAAAUUGUAUAGACGCUGUGCUCAAAAUGAAAAGGGCUUUUCCCAUGCGGGGCGCCAGACAGUUGCUUGGCAGCAUGGGCAGUUCCAUUUCGAUGAAGAUCUGGCCAAGGAUUCAAUUCAAGAGGCAAGUCAUAUUCUCCUUUACGGAUCUCUUGGUUUCAAUAGGCGGAACUGCCGGCCUUUAUCUGGGCUUUAGCGUACUGGGCCUAGUUGAAUUUGUAUAUUUUUUUACACUGCGCUUACUUUGGCAUUUAUUUGGUUAUCAAAUUUAA